GAGCGAGAGAGAGAGAGAGCGCGUGAGUACACGCGUGUGUUUGAGUGUGUGUGCGAGAGAGAGAGUGACAGAGUUGCGGCUGGGCAGAUCAGAAAAAGUGCCUGUGGUCUCUCUCUAUUUCUCCUCCCGGCUCACUCACACUCCACAGCCGCACCAGAGUGGCGACACGCGCUCCCAAGCCCGGUCGUCUGGCCGCGGGUGACCCGAGGAUCCCACUGUGACCGGAACACGCUCGGGGCUCCGCUGGAACUAAAACUACAUUCACUGACUUGUGAGCGAUGCACUGGCAGCAUGGCCAAGUGGUUCAAGGAGCACCUCGGAUUCAAAACUACCAAAGCACCUCCUCCGGCGCCUCCGAAACCGGACUACAGACAUUGUCACACCGGUGUGCCCGGUGCGCCUGGCUUCCAGCAAACAAGCUCCGCGGCCGCCUUCCCGAGCCCCGUCCAGCCGGACAUACUCGCUGCCUACAAACUUCAGAAAGAGCUGGACUUCGAGGACCCGUACACUCCCGGUGGAAAUAUUUCGUUCGGGCAGAACUUAAACACCGUGGUGGGCUCGCCGGAUAUCAAGUAUGUGUCGCCGAAGCACCGACUCAUCAAGGUGGAAACCAUCGAGAAGAGCAGCCCGGCUCCGGGCGGCCCGGUCACCGUCACCCAGGCGGUGGCCGUGGGCAGCGUCAAGUCUCCCACCUCACCUGCUCCGGACCACGAUAACAAGGACAAGCUUAUUAUCCUUGAGGACUACGCGGACCCUUUUGAUGCUGAGCAGGCUGGGGGCACACAGACCACCACGGAAAAAGUGACGACUGAGAAUGACGGCUACAUGGAGCCAUACGAGGCUCAGAAGAUGAUGGCAGAAAUCCGAUCCGGUGGACGAGGGCCUAAAGAAGGAUCCGCGAGGCAGCUCCCUCUGUACGACACGCCAUACGAGCCGACGGAGAACGGCGGAGACACGGACCCUGAGCACCCGCGCUGCCCAAGGGAAAGUCGGCUGCCCCAGGACGACGAGCGACCCCCCGAAGAGUAUGACCAGCCCUGGGAGUGGAAGAAGGAGAGGAUUUCCAAAGCAUUUGCAGUAGAGAUUAAAGUGAUCAAGGACCUACCAUGGCCCCCUCCUGUUGGCCAACUCAACACCAGCCCUCCCCUGGUGGAGGAGCUGGAGUCUCCCUCCCAGACAGCUCAGCCCUCGCCGGGACAGACAAGCUGUGACCAGCACCACCAUGUUCAGUUUGAUGGCGUGGAGAAGUCUAGAAUGUCUCCAACCAAGGAUGGGAAAACUCGCCCGCUGCAGCGACACUCCAGCAGCUGUUUGGUCAACACUAAAAUGACAUCGCUGGACCACUGCAGCUCCUCUCUCGGGGAGCGUAUUGAUCCCACCAUGCCCUUGGAAAGCCAAUUCUGGUACCACGGAGCGAUCAGCCGAACAGACGCAGAAUCUCUGCUCCGGCUGUGUAAGGAGGCCAGCUACCUGGUGAGAAACAGCGAGACCAGCAAGAAUGACUACUCCCUCUCCCUCAAGAGCAGCCAGGGCUUCAUGCACAUGAAGCUGUCGCGGACAAAGGAGAACAAGUACAUCCUGGGCCAGAACAGCUGCCCCUUUGACAGCGUCCCCGAGAUCAUCCAUUUCUACUCCAGCCGCAAGCUGCCUAUCAAGGGUGCCGAACAUAUGUCCCUGCUCUACCCUGUAGCCAUCAGGACACUAUAGUGCUACGGGCCACCUGCAGGCAUCAGACCCCCCCAACCCCCCCCACGCAGCACUCACUGGACCACCCUGGUGGCUCCUCUGCUCUUCCCGUCCCUCUGGGCUGAGCCCCGUAGGCUCAUGGGGAAGAAGAGCGGUGGGCGUCCCAAACUGCUGAUCCUGACUCACCUCACUGGCCGACCGACAGAAUCCAGAAUCCUGUUUUGAAGGCCUCCUGCAUACUACGUCACACUUACAGACUCAGUGUUUUGCAGAAGUCUCUUUAUUAUUUUAUUGUACUGUAUUUUAUUUUAUGUUUUUAUUUAUAACAGUCACCCGCUUUAUUGAGUCACGGACCGAUGAACGUCAUUUCACCCUCCAGCUGAUAUCUGGCACUUAACAGUCAAAGAAAAAGAAAAGGUACACCGUUGAAACACUUGUCACGCAGAUGUACAGGACCUUUUCCUACGACAGUCGUGUGUGAGCAAGUGUGUCUGAUGGUCUCGUUUGCUUAGGCUCUGCUGUCAUUGUAAUUGUUUGUAAGGGGACUUGAAGAUUGUAAGAGCGGAGUAAAGGAAAGUGACUUUUAUGAGGCAUAUUAAGGGAUAUUGUCCACAUGGGCGCCGUACAGUGGCCAGGAUAUUGAAUAAGCCGGCCUUGUAUGAGUGGUAUUUCCCCAGCUGCACAGAAACAACAGGCCUGUGAGCCGUGCGGACUGAUCUCUCUAUCUUGUCGUAGUGCGUGCUGUCUGCUAUCCAUCACUGAGUGGGUGUAUCACAUCAGUGACGGUGUAAGUACCAUAGUGGUGAGACGGGCAGAGGCGCAUGAUGGAUGGGUCGCCCCGUCCGACACAGGACAAUUGGCUGAGACACGAGACCCGAGCCUGUCCAAAAUGGACCAAAUUACCCCCGCUACCCCCUGCUCAGUAUGGCUUUGCAUUGGGAGAAUGAAAUAUGCCUGCAUUGUCUACCUCAGAAAAUCAAUUUCAUUCGCCCAUCUGCAGAUCAAUAGGUACAAUGGGAUUGCAGACAUCGAUCUGUCCUCGCUUCAACAUUCCCAAUAACUUUUUUUUUUAAAUGACAUCAUUGGUUUUAGGAAUAUGGUUU